AUGGAGAGGAAGAGUCCCGCUGCCGCGGGGAAGCCGAACCCCAGCAGCCGGGCGGCGGCCGACGGGCACUGCGCCCUGGGCGGCGGCGGCGGGGGGGCGGCGCGGGGCGGCGCCGCGGAGCCCGACGAGCUCCUCCGGCGGGCGCUGGACUUCAAGAGCCAAGGGGCGCAGUGCUACAAGGAGAAGAAAUGCCGCGAGGCCAUCGGCAAGUACCACCGCGCGCUGCUGGAGCUGAAGGGGCUGCUGCCGGCCCAGGACGAGCGCCCGGGCGAAGCCGCCGCCGGCCGCGCCGCCGCCGGCCUCAGCGACGAGCAGCGGCGGCUGCUGGAGAGCAUCGAGGUGGACUGCUACAACAGCCUGGCAGCCUGUCUACUUCAAGCUGAGCUGGUGAAUUAUGAGCGAGUCAAGGAAUAUUGUCUGAAAGUACUGAAGAAAGAAGGAGAGAACUUCAAGGCACUCUAUCGGUCAGGUGUAGCAUUCUACCACCUGGGAGACUACAACAAAGCACUUUACUACUUGAAAGAAGCAAGGUCUCGACAGCCAGCAGGUACUGGUAGUAAGGAAAAGCUAUUCUGA